AUGAGGAGGAACCACUUGUGGGAGGAGACAGGGAACCUGCCGUUCUCCAGAGCAAAGAUAGGAUCCUUCAUCCAGGAAAGACCCGUUCUGAAGAAACCCGCAGCUUUUUCAGAUUUGUGUGCAUUUGGAGAGCGUGUGGCUAAUGAGGUGGACGAGUGGGGCAGAGAGUGUGAGAUCACCCCCCCACGGUUGGUGCACUUUGAUCCCUGGGGGCGAAGAGUUGACCACAUCGUGACCUCCUCCGCCUGGAAACGCAUGAAAGACCUCUCGGCACAGGAAGGCCUGGUCGCCAUUGGCUAUGAGAGGUCAUUCGGCGAGUGGAGCCGUGUGUACUAAAUGAGCAAGUUGUACAUCUUCUCUCCGUCCUCUGGUCUCUACACCUGUCCUCUGGCCAUGACUGACGGAGCUGCUAAAGUCAUCCAGUCCAUAGGUGUUUCAUGGCCGGUAGAUGAAGCCUACAGUCGUUUGACCACUCGUCAGCCUGAGCGUUUCUGGACGUCUGGACAGUGGAUGACGGAGAGACAAGGAGGAUCUGACGUGGGCAGCGGCACAGAGACGGUGGCUGCUCCCCAGGCGGACGGUUCUUACAAACUUCACGGCUUCUAGUGGUUCACCUCUGCAACAGAUGCAGACAUGACUCUGACUCUGGCCAGAGAGCAGGACAGAUCAGGAGCUACCACACCAGGCAGCCGGGGUUUGUCGUUGUUCUAUGCAGCAGAGGUGAGCAGAGGUGAGGAUGGACGACUGAAGGGGAUCGAGGUUCAGAGACUGAAAGACAAGCUGGGCACAAGACAGAUGCCGACUGCUGAGUUACUGCUGGACGGCCUGCAGGCACACAGGAUCUCAGAGGAAGGGAGAGGUGUGGCCUCCAUAGCUAACAUGCUGACGAUAACCAGGAUACACAACAGCAUCUCUGCAGCAGCCGCAAUGAGGAGGGUCGUCCAGUUAGCUGGGGACUAUGCCACUCGCCGCACUGCCUUUGGAAAGCUUCUCAAAGAUCACCCGCUACACAUGCAGACUCUCGCCAGGAUGGAGGUGGAGACCCGUGGAGCGUUCCUUCUGGUGAUGGAUGUGUGUCGUCUGCUGGGCCGAGAGGAGAGCGGCGUGGCGACUGAGCUCGAUGCACAUCUGCUGCGUCUGCUCACUCCUGUGGUCAAACUGUACACUGGGAAGCAUGCAGUGGCUGUGGUGUCGGAGGGUUUGGAAAGCUUCGGUGGACAGGGCUACAUUGAGGAUACCGGGCUGCCUGGACUACUCCGCGAUGCACAGGUGUUGAGUAUAUGGGAAGGUACCACAAAUGUCCUGUCUCUGGACGUGCUGCGCUGCGUGGCUCGUAGCUCAGGAAUGGUUCUUGACGCUUUCUUCACCCACGCCAAGUCCCUGCUUGCAGGAGCAUCGAGUGUUUCCUCCUUGAGCCCGGCGGUGACAGCAGUGGGCACUGCUCUCUCUGAACUGAAGGACUUUGUUCAGUUUGCAGCUACUAGAGAACCCGGCUACCUGGAACUGGCAGCCAGAGACCUGGCUUUCAGCCUCGCUCGCAUCUACACAGGGAGCAUAUGCUGGGUGUAGAAUUGUUCCAGGAGGAGGAGAUUUCCAUGCCAUGCAGGGUC